AUGUCAACAGUGGAAGAAGAGUUCCCGCUGCCGCGGCUCCCAGAGCUGUUCGACACUAGCCAACAAAUUCUGGAUGAAGUGGAGGAGACGGCUGAACCCAGCACUUCCAAAAGAAUCCAAAAGAAGGUAUCGGAGGGGCUAACACAACUUGAGAAGGCAGCCGAAAUGUUAUCAAAACUCGACUUGUUCAGCCGAAAUGAAGAUUUGGAGGAAAUUGCUUCCACAGACCUGAAGUACCUGCUGGUGCCAGCACUUCAAGGCGCGCUGGCCAUGAAGCAGGUCGACCCCAGCAAGCGUCUGGAUCAUUUGCAGUGGGCUCGGGAACACUUCGUAAGCUACUUAACUCAGUGCCAAUUCUACCACGUGGCAGAGUUCGAGUUGCCCCAAACCAACAACAACCCGACUGAAAAUAACACAGCUCUUUCCCCCGUGGCCCAUCCUAGUCUCCUUGCGAUGGCAACUAAGAGACAGACGAAAAUAGAGAGAUACAAGCAGAAGAAAGAGGUGGAGCAGAGGUUGUCCGCGAUGAAAUCUGCCAUGGAAAGCGGCCAAGUAGAUGAUGAGAAUGUUCGAGAAUAUUACCUCCUCCAGCUCCGAAGGUGGAUUGUUAUCAGCUUAGAAGAGAUUGAGAGCAUCGACCAGGAGAUGACAAUCCUGAGAGGAAGAGGCUCUUCAUCAGAGGCAUCGGCUUCACCCUCAUCUCAUCAGGACAGGCCUCCAGGGAGACCCUUCAUUCUCACUCGGAACGUGACCCAAACCAAAGUAUUUGGAGCUGGUUAUCCCAGUCUGGCGUCUAUGGCGGUGAGCGACUGGUAUGACAAGUAUGGGAAAUGUGGAACAUUACCAGAUCAGGGCAUACCCAAGACAACAUCCGAGGUCAAAUUAGUAGCUCAGGGAAAGGAAGAUCAGAAACAAAAGAAGAAAGAGGAGGAUGAGCAAUCACACAGCCAAGCUCGGGAGUGGGAUGACUGGAAGGACACCCAUCCUAGGGGCUACGGCAACCGACAGAACAUGGGUUAG